AUGCUUUACAGGAUCUUAUUUUGUGGUUUACAGGAUCUUAUUUUGCCUUUAAUUGAAUGUGCUCAACAAGCUCUGCGUAAAAAAGAUGGAGAACUAACUUUCAAAAAAGCAACAAACUUACUGGAAAUUAUUUUAAAACACAAAAAGAAUGAGCUAAAUGAAAAGAAUGCUAUUAAACUAUUGGAUGAACUUGUCCUGAAAACAUCACAAACCGUAAAUCCUGUUAUGAGGAAUAUUCUUGGCAGCGUUGCAAGUUUUUUGUUCUCAGGCUGUUAUGAUACGAAAGAAAAUACUGUUAUGAAGAAUAUGUACACGAAAGUGAUGGAAUUAUUGGAAAAGUAUAUGAAUGAUAACAAGAACCAAAUAUUAAGCGAAAUUGUCACUGCUCCUUUUAUUAAGUACCCGCAUGCUUUGUUGAGCGAACUUCCACGAAUCAUCGAUUUUGCCUUUGAUGAAAAUAUCCGAACGUUUCAAAGAGUUGAAGCUCUGUCUUGCACAGUGGCCUUUUUGCGAAAAGAUUUGCACAGGCACUACUUGCACAAGACUGCAUAAGAAGACGAAAGAAGACAAAAUAAUCCAGACAAAAGGGAUUUUGAAAUUAAGGAACACAUAUAUGAUAUUACUACUAUUUGUAUCGAAGAUAUAC